CCAGCAGCGCACACUGGAUUAACAUCCAACUGAACAUGGAUGCAAAGACCAGGAUGCUCACUUUAAUGCUUGUAGCCAGUGCUUUCGGGGCUUCGGUAUUAGCUGAUGGUUUAAAUAUAAGACUCGUCAAUGGUGAUGGCGUCUGCUCUGGUAGAGUGGAGGUCUAUUAUAACGGCCAGUGGGGAACAGUGUGUGAUGAUAACUGGGACAUGAAAGAUGUGGAGGUGGUUUGCAGAGAGAUGGGAUGUGACAGAGCGGUCAGAGCCACAGAAAGUGCCCACUUUGGUCAGGGAAGUGGCCCAAUACUUCUGGAUGAUGUUCGCUGUUCUGGAAGUGAAAGCUCCAUCACAGCAUGCAGUCAUAAUGGAUGGGGUAAACACAACUGUGGCCAUAGUGAAGAUGCUGGUGUCGUGUGCUCAGGCCGUAAUGAGAUCAGGCUGGUGAAUGGUAAGGGUCGCUGUUGUGGUAGAGUGGAGAUCCAGCACAAUCGCCAGUGGGGAACAGUGUGUGAUGAUAGCUGGGACAUGAAGGAUGCGGAGGUGGUGUGCAGACAGAUGGGAUGUGGCAGAGCAUUCAGUGCCCCUCAGAGUGCCCAAUUUGGUCAGGGAAGUGACCCAAUAUGGCUGGAUGAUGUUGGAUGUAAAGGAACUGAGAGGUACUUAACUCAGUGUUCACACAGAGGAUUUGGAAUGGAGGAUUGUGGACAUAAUGAAGAUGCUGGAGUUGUGUGCUUAGAUGACCAGAGUCCCUCACUCACCCUGACCUCAUCACACUCUGCUGUCUUGCCUGGAGAGGCUGUUCAGUUCAGAUGUGCCUUAACCAACCCAGUGUGCAUCUCUGUAAACUUCCAUUUGUACAGAAAUGGGGAAUCAAUAAAAACUCAAUCAGCUGAAUCUUCAACAACAUUUGAUUUGACUGUGGAUUCCUCACAUCGUGGUCAGUACAGCUGUGACUAUUCAUACCAGGGAAGUAGCUCCAGCACAUCCUCCAGAAGCAGCGCUAUUGAUAUCACUGUAGUCAUUUUACCCACUCCACGCAUCUCUCUCCACCCCACCAAGGAGGUCACAUGGGGAGGGAAGGUUGACAUCACCUGCUCUGUAAAAACCCGGUUCACAGGUGGAUCCUUCACUCUGAUACAGAACUCUGGGUCAUUUAGAGAGACCAAGAGUGGAACCUCCGUCACCUUCAGUUUACUAAAAGUGGACUUUGUUCAUGAGGGGUCUUACUACUGCCAGUACCAGACCAGAGUGUCCAGUCGUGAUUUCAGUUCUCCACAGAGCAGCUCUGUUCAUUUCUCUGUUGUUGUGAACUUGCUGCAGCCCAAUAUCUCCUUUAGUGAUCCUGAUGGAAGGUUCCACGGGGGGCCUCAGGGACCAGAGGUGACCAGGGGCCACAGCUUCUCCAUCAUCUGCUCCACCAAACCACAGUACCCAGGAGGCUCCUUCCACUUGGAGUUAAGUGGGUCCAGUAUCAGCAGCACUCAGUCAGCUGUUGACCACUCAACCACCUUCUUCUUUCCUGAGGCAGAUUUUGUCCACCAGGGAAACUACAGCUGUGUUUAUGAAUUAACUGUGUCUUCACGCACCUUUAACUCUCCUACCACUGAACUCUUGGCUGUCACUGUGAAAGUGAACUUGCUGCAGCCCAAUAUCUCCUUCAGUGCUCCUGAUGGGUGGUUCCACUGGUGGCUUCAAGGGUCAGAGGUGACCAGGGGCCACAGCUUCUCCAUCAACUGCUCCACUCAACCACAGUACCCAGGAGGCUCCUUCCACUUGGAGUUCAGUGGAUCCAGAAACAGAGCCCUGUUAGCUGUUAACCACUCAACCACCUUCUUCUUUGAUAAGGCAAAUUUUGUCCACCAGGGAAACUACAGCUGUGUUUAUGAAGUAAACGUGUCUUCAUGCACCUUUAACUCUCCUACCACUGAACUCUUAGAUGUCACUGUGAAAGUGUCACCAAUUCCCUUCAUCGGUUCUGGAGUGGCAGCAGGACUGUUACUCAUAUUAGUGCCAAUCAUUUUCUUUACAAAGAGAUGUAAAAAACAAAAAUAUCAGAUGGCUGUGGAGACGGAUCAUAGAGUUUGUGCCAAAAACAUAUAUGGGACUGCCAGAGGGAAGAAUGAGAUGGAUUAUGAAAAUGCCGAAACUAUUUUUCGCCAGAGAGAAGAUUCAGAUAAAUGUGACGUGAACUAUGUCAAUAUGGAGGGUAAUGUGGGGAAGAUGGCACUGGGCAAUGACUUUGCAGGGAACAAGAUGGACGAUGAUAAAGACGAAAAUGCAGCAGUCACCGUCCACCAGAGAAAGGAAUCGGAUGACCCUGAUGAGGGCUACAUUGACUUAGAAAAAAUGGCCAUGGACAUUCACUUUGAUGAUGAAAAAAUAUUGUGAAAACAUGGAGAAGUAUGGUAAAAAAUAUUUGUUAUCCAGUAUCACUUUAAUUAAGUGCGACUGAGGCAUUUAUAAAUCAUAAAAAAGGCCUUAAAAGUCACUCAUCACUGGGUACAAUGACAUCAGCCCAGUCUAAAGAGGUGGUUCUCUGCAGUGCUGGGUUUGCAAGGUCCUCAAAAAUUCCAAAUAAACUAGCUUACUUAACUUGUUCUUAAUAAAAGAAUUCUGUAUGAAUGAACGAACAGUAGAAUAUUUGCCAUGCGAUCUGACUGCAGUAGCCCUAUUUUGCCUGUAUUAUUUUAAAGACAAUUCAGUGUAAAUAGAGUUUUCUUUAAAUUAUUUAAAGUAUUCAAAUUUUGCAUGAUUUGCAAUUAACAUAUUACACUCACAUCUAAGAGAAGCGCAAGUUUGUGGAUCACAACCUCUCGGCACACUGGCAUUCACGGUGGAGAGGCACGUGGAGGUAAUCUGUCCAGUACAGCUGCAUUACUACUGUCUCAGUUUAGUUCACUUUCUGUGAUGAACGUUAGUUUUUGAUUCUGACUUGUUGUUAAAUAUGGAACUUAUAAGGAUUCAACAAGAAGAAAAGUCCAGUUUCCCACAUGAGAAAAGCAAAAUUUAGUCCAUACUUAAAUCCAUCAGU